GAGCAUAGUAGUAGUACCGCAUCAACAUCUCUCAGAAAUACGAAAUCUUGGGUUGUCAUUGUUUUGCUUACCAUCGAUGCAAUGCAAUGCAACCUUGAAGCCGAGCCAAUGUUUUUUUUAAGCCAAUGAAAGAUUCAGUUCCAUUGUACGGUAACCAAGCAAUCCAGCGCAUUUCUUUCACAAUUUCUUGGUCAAAGCAGAAACUCAUUCUUUCUUUGGCAAGCGAUUCCAUUCCAUUGCAUCCAACAUUUCUCACUUUUAGAAGGAAAGAAGUUGAAGAAAGAUGUGUCCCAAAGAAGUCCCCAGCCCUUCGAGCACGGCGUCGGAUGGCAGUAGCACCGAUGACAAGCAAGCGUUUGUCAAGCACGACGCAUCGGCAUAUCCCAAAGAUUGGCCCGGUCCCGGCGAUAUUGAUUUGCAUCUGCACGAUUUGCCCCAUUUUUCGUCGUCGCUGGAAUGGUGGUACUUGAACGCCCACUUGGAUGUGGUGGAUGAAGACAAGGAAAAAGCCAAGAAGAUUCAAGAAACCAAAAAGAGCAAUCGGCAUGGCAAGGAUGCUGCUGCUAAGACUAACAACACUACUACUACUACUAAAGAGGAGGAGGAAGAAGACAAUGGUCUGUCUGUCUUUUGCGCCUUUUUCCGUGCGGCAUCGGACUAUGACGAAGAAACGAACGAAUUUGUGUUUGUGCACGCCGUGCUGUGGGCCAUUUCCGAUCAUUCCAAGGAAAAAUACUACAAUGUCUCCUUUGUCGAUCCCGAUGCGCCCGAGAAACUGCUCGGUAAAUUUGAACGCAACAAGGACAAACAAGAUCAAGCCGAUAAACGCCUCAGUCAAGCCAUGAUUGAAGUCUUGAAAAAGGGACACACGCCCUAUCCCGAUCGAUGCUUGAAACAGCAGCCACUUAUUUGUGGCAAAGAUCUACACCGUCUUCCGGCGGAUAAGGACAGUAAGGAAUACCAACAGUGGAAACAAAAGUUGGAAGAGUAUCAAGCACUUCAACAAAAGGAACAACAAGACCCAAAAAACUGCAAAAACAACAAGAAGAAGAAGACGCCCGCCAAAAAGAAAAAGAGCAGCUGCUGUUUCCGAAAGAAAAAUGUCUUGGAGUCGGUUGCGCAAAUGACCGGAUUGCCUCUCCUCUCGCUUGUCUACGACGACAAUACCUUUUGCCGCAACCAGGAUGGAUCCUACACGCUCCAUUUGGAAGAUACGCUCGUCCAUCAUGUCAAGACCACGCUCAAAUUCCAGUCCAAGACGCCUGCUGUUCGCAAUGGCGUCGACGGUGUUGUGGAUGGCGAUGACAUUAUUCAAGAUUUCUUUUAUUACUGCCUCCCCAAUUGCGAAGUUUCGGGUACCGUCAGUCUCCCCCAAAAUGAUCACCUGCCCGAACGAUACAAUGCCAAGGUGAUUCGCAAAAAUUACUUUGUGCUGGGAGAAGAAGAAAAUGAAGAUGACGAUAUGCAAGAACCAUUGGAAGAGGAUACGAUGCAGGAACUUCAAGUCAAGGGCAUUGGCUGGUACGAUCAUCAAUUUGGAGCCAAAAAGUCCCACAAGGCCGCAGAAGAUGGACGCUACGAGUUCCAAAAUGACAAUCCCGAUGAUGCCAAUGUCAAAUCCUCCUACACGUGGAUCAGUCUCCAGCUUGACAAUGGCAAUCAGAUGUGUUUGGCCAAAUCGUAUUUGCAUGACGAUGUUCACGAAGCCGCACAAAACAAGGACAAACCCAAGUAUUAUGGAAUCAUGGUGUCACCCACGGGGGAGGUCGAUCAACUCGAUCCGUCCGAUUUUGAUUUGAUUGAAACGGGAGAACUGUGGGUCAGUAUGAGGACCUUUCGCGAUUAUCCCACGAAUUGGGAAAUUUCCGUGCCAUCCAGGGAUACAAACCUGCAACUCAAGGCGGCAUUUGACAAUCAGGAAUUCCCCACCAUGAAUGUCCAUCCUCAUUUCUGGGAAGGCGCCGUCAAAGUCAAGGGAACCUUUCGUGGACAAACCAUUACUGGAAAGGGAUUUGUGGAGCGCAAGGGAUUCUGUCCACCCGAGUCCAUGACCAUUCAACACUUUUUCAAGGUGGUCAGUCGAGAGACACUCAAAUCUUGUCGCAAAGUAUUGCCCUUUAAUCCAGAAGGCGACGACUUGAACAAACUGGUCUGUCACAAGGACAAUGCGCACUACACCGAGCACAUUGAUAGUGAACAGUUUUCCAAGGCAUUGGUGGAACCGAUCCGUGCCGUCAUGGAUCGAGGAGGCAAAUCCUGGAGAUCCUAUGCCGCCUUGGCGUGCUGUGAUGUCGUCGGUGGAGACAGUCAACCCGUCAAAGACUGGUUGGCAUUACCCGAGUUGGUGCAUGUCGGAUCUCUCAUUGUGGAUGAUGUGGAAGAUCGAUCCACCAUUCGACGUGGUGGACCCUGCUCCCACUUGAUGUACGGAGAAGAUGUGGCCAUUAAUGCUGGUACCAUGGCCUACUUUUUGGGGCAAAUGGUCAUCUAUGAGGGUGAUGGUGAUGCACAGAAAAAAGUCGACAUUUACAACAUGUACUUUGAGGGCAUUCGGGCAGCUCACAGUGGACAAGCCAUGGACAUUCACGGACUGGACUAUAUGAUGCCCGAUGUCGUAGAGAAUGGAGGAGAUUUGUGUCGUCAACGUGUCGUGGCAAUUCACCGUUUGAAGUCUGCGGCUCCAGUGAGCUUCUUUUCCAAGAUUGGUGCCAAGCUUGGAGGUGGAAGCAAAGCCCAAUCCGAUGCUCUGGGAGAUUUCUUUGAAGCCUUGGGUAUUGCCUUUCAGAUUGUGGACGAUGUCUUGAACUUGCGUGGUUUCACAGAUGGGUUGAAGACCAAGGGAGAAGAUAUUACGGCCGGAAAAGUCACCUACCCAGUGGCAAAGGCCAUGUGCCGGCUCGAAAAGGAGGAUAGAGCCAAGCUGUGGGAGAUUGUGUCUUCGCGGCCAGAAGAUAUUGAAACCAUUGGAAAGGCUGUGGCUCUUAUUGAGAAAGUCAAUGGCAUUGAAGGCAGCUUCCAGGAUGCCAAGGAUCUCAUUGAAGACGGCUGGAAGAAGGUGGAUCCACUUCUUAUUGAUUCUUUUGUCAAAAUCAACCUGCGAGCUUUCAGCCUGUAUAUCCUGGACAGGACGUACUAGCUACCUGGUAGCUGACAGCGUUGGAUGAAUAAAUGUGUAGGGAUGUGGAGUCUAGCAAGCAUAGCUAAAAUAAAUAGUGCCCGGUUAAUAAUAUUGCCAGUGAUUCUAGUUGAUAAUAGAGCCAUCAGUUCGUGGGGUACCCAUCCUCUUCUUGC